AUGGGUAAUGUAGAAAAUUAAAAUUGCAAAGGAGGUAGGCAAAAUAUCAUAGAAGAUAAUAAAGAUAAUUCAGGUAUUGAAAUUCCGCUGACUGGAUACAUAAUGUCAGCAGAAUUUCAAUAAGGUUUUAUUUAAAAUUUGAAAGCUAAGUAGCCUUCUUGCUUUUAUUGUUUUAAUUUGUCAGAAUUUAUCUGA